GGAAGUUAAAAACAACACAAAAUAGAUAGUCCCAGUCAACAAAAUCAAUACUUUUUGCACUAUUUAUCGAUCAGUAAUGUUUUAACUUUGUUAGUAAGGAAUGUAGAAGAAAGUAAAAUAUUUUGUUGAUGUAUCUAGGAAAAGCAUUGUUCAAGCCAGCAUAAAGAUGUCUUUUUCUGGAGGUGAGAAGAUUACGCUAACCGAUGCACUCCAGAAUGUUGAUGUUCUUGAUGAGCUACCCCUCCCUGAUCAGCAACCAUGCAUCGAAGCACUGUCACUCUCCAUUCAGUAUCAAGUCAACUUUGACACCAACUUUGCUGACAAAAAUGCCUAUGUUACCGGUGUUGCCAAGUACAGUGAAGAAGCUACAGUUCAUGCAGACCUGAACAAACUGCUUGACGAGGGCCAGGAGUAUGCUGUCAUGCUGUAUACUUGGAGAUGUUGCUCAAGAGCUCUUCCACAGGUGAAAAGCAAUGAACAGUCUAAUCGGACCGAGAUUUACCACAAAAUUGUGGAAGUUCUGGAACCUCAAGUGUCACGGUUGAUGGAUUUUAUGUUGUUUCAGAGAAGAGCCAUAGAGAGAUUUUGUGGAGAGGUAAAGAGACUGUGUCAUAAGGAGAAACGAGCAGAUUUUGUCUCUGAAGCAUACUUGUUGACUUUGGGGAAAUUCAUCAACAUGUUUGCAGAACUUGACGAGCUGAAGAAUAUAAAAGCUAGUGUGAGGAACGACUACUCUGCAUACCGCAGAGCUGCUCAGUUCUUGAAAGUGAUAUCGGAUCAGAAUGCUCUCCAGGAAUCUCAGAACUUGUCGAUGAAUCUCGCCACAAGCAACAAGAUCCGCUCUGACCUGAAGAAUGAGCUCAUCCAGAUUCAAGGCUUUGAGGAACUGCUAGCCGAUAUCAUCAAUAUCUGUGUUCACAUGUACGAGACUCGCAUGUAUCUGGAACCCAAAGAAAAAUACAUGCUGGUUAAGGUCAUGGCAUUUGGAUUGUAUCUUAUUGACACAAAAGAUGGAGUCAGCAUUUACAAGAUGGAUGCAAGAAGAAAAAUUCAGUUAAGCAGAAUUGACAAAAUUUUGAAGCAACUUGAAUUUGUUCCUUUGUAUGGAGACAUGCAGAUAGCACCAUACAACUACAUCAAGAAAGCUCCUAACUUUGAUGCCUCCAAGUGGCCUUGCUGUGAAUCAAGCCAACCCAGUCCGCAGUCAAACAUCCUCGUAAAUCUUAACGCAAUCCGCGAAGACCACAUGCAGUACAUCAGUCAGUUAGCCCGCCACAGUAAUGAGGCUAUUACUACAACAAGAGAAAGCCCACGGACUGAUGCAGAAAACAAAGAAUUAACUGAUCUAGCACUGCGAGGCUUACAGCUUCUUUCUGCAUGGACACAGCAAGUUAUGGAACUGUAUUCUUGGAAGCUGCUGAAUCCCACCGACCCUCGUGAGAACCCCAAGUGUCCUCAGAACGCUGAAGAUUAUGAAAGGGCAACCAGGUACAAUUACAGUGGAGAAGAAAAGUUUGCUCUCGUUGAAGUUAUUGCGAUGAUCAAGGGUCUACAGCUGCUGAUGGCCAGAAUGGAAUCUGUGUUCAUGGAUGCUAUCCGACGCCAUAUAUAUGCAGAGUUACAGGACUUUGUUCAGCUGUUUCUACGUGAACCUCUGCGGAAGAGUAUCAAGAAGAGAAACGAUGUUAUCAAAGUCAUCAUCAUGGGUGUACGAGAUACCUGUGUUGAUUGGCUGAGAGGAAUGGAACCCAAUGAUGACCCAGCUCUGAAGGGUAAAAAGGAUCCUGAUGAAGGCUUCCAUAUAAAGGUCCCGAGACGGAACGUUGGUCCUUCCAGUACUCAGCUUUACCUGGUACGUACAAUGUUGGAGUCACUGAUUGCCGACAAAAGUGGAGGAAAGAAGACUCUGCGAAAAGACAUAGACACACAGCAUUUUGCCCACAUUGACGACUUCCACAAACAGUCCUUCUUCUGGAACUACAUUCUCAGCUUCAAUGAAUCUCUUCAUAAUUGCUGUGAUCUUUCUCAGCUGUGGUAUAGAGAAUUCUUUUUAGAACUGACUGUUGACAACCGAGCACAGAUGUCCGACAAUGUAGAUUCUCCCUCUCCACUGAUGCGGAUGCCUAGAGUACAGUUUCCAAUCGAAAUGUCAAUGCCCUGGAUUCUUACUGACCACAUUCUAGAGACCAAGGAACCUUCCAUGAUGGAGUAUAUUUUGUACCCCCUCGAUCUGUACAACGACUCUGCUCACUACGCACUGACCAAGUUUAGGAAACAGUACCUGUACGAUGAAGUGGAGGCUGAGGUGAAUUUGUGUUUUGAUCAGUUUGUGUACAAACUGAGUGACCAGAUCUUCCAGUACUACAAACACCUGUCUGGCAGCAUAAUGCUUGACAAGCGAUUCCGUGCCGAGUGUGCCAGCCAUGGGCUGAAGAUUAACUACCCGGUUGCCAAUAGAUACCAGACUCUACUGAAACAGCGCCAUGUUCAGCUGCUUGGUCGAUCCAUAGAUCUGAACAAACUGGUCAGCCAGAGGAUCAAUGCUGCUCUACAGAAGGCUCUCGAUGUUGCCAUUUCCAGAUUCGAGGCAGGAGAACUCACUGGCAUCGUGGAGCUGGAAGGACUGAUUGAGGUGAACAAACUGACACACAAACUUCUUGCUGAGUUUCUUGUUCUCAAUGACUUUGAUGCAAUGUUCCGGGAAGCAAACCACAAUGUGUCGGCACCGUAUGGGCGGAUAACUCUGCAUGUAUUCUGGGAAAUAUAUGCUGACUUCUUGCCAAACUACUGUUUCAAUGCUGCAACUAACAGGUUUGUGAAGACCGUGUGGAAACUGCAAACAGCAGAACGGCAGCGACAAAGAGACAAGGCCCCCAACCCAGCCCCUAUGUACAUCUGGGGAACCAGGGAUUUGACUCAGUCGUACACUGCCAUCUACAGUCUGUAUCACGGCUUCAUUGGCACGCCACACUUCCGUGCAAUGGUUCGACUUCUCGGCUAUCAAGGAAUUGCAGUUGUCAUUGAAGAACUUCUCAAGAUAAUUGAAGACUUUUUGCAGGAGACAAUCAGAGAAUACACCCUCACCUUGAGGAAAGUGAUGCCUGACACAUGUAAACUGCUUCGCUAUGACUAUGGUUCACCUGGUGUGAUGCAGUAUUACCAAGCACAGCUGGCUGACUUCAUCCAGUACCCGGACUUGCGGACCGAGGUGUUCCAGUGUUUCCGUGAGAUGGGAAAUGCCAUGCUCUUCACCAUGUUAAUUGAGCAGUCUCUGACUCAAGAAGAAGUGUGUGAUCUGAAACAUGCUGCUCCAUUCCAGAACAUAAUCCCGAAACCAUUCAUCCCUGUCAAGGCUGCGUCAGCAAAAGAUUCUAAAGGAGAUGUCCGCAAAGACAAAGAGAUUGAACUAAAGCAAGUGAUGAAACAGUUAGAAAAGAAGUAUGCGGCUCUGCAAGUUGUCUCGGUGAUCAAGAAACUCGGAAAUCAAACACAAGCUGAUAUAGCAGCGGAGGGUGACCUGUUGACCCGGGAACGUCUGUGCUGCGGAUUGUCCAUGUUUGAGAUUGUUCUGUCACGUAUUAAAGCCAUCCUGUUGAAGGACUCCCUGUGGCAGGGGGAUCCACCCACCAAUGGGGUCAUGAACGUAGACAAGUGCACAGAAUUCCACAGACUGUGGAGUGCCAUGCAGUUCGCCUUCUGUAUGCCAGAACGUCCUGGCGUCUUCACCAUUGAAGAAUUGUUUGGUGAGGGUCUGAACUGGGCUGGCUGUGCCAUGAUCAUGCUACUGGGACAGCAGCGACGAUUUGAGGCACUCGACUUCUCAUACCACAUUCUCAGAGUAAACAGGGUGGAUGGAAAAGAUGAAGAUGUUAAGGGCAUCCAACUGAAGAAAAUGGUUGACCGAAUUCGCAAGUUUCAGAUUUUGAACAAUCAGAUAUUUUCUGUGCUGAACAAGUACAUGAAAACCAAUGACUCUGAAAGCAUGCCGGUAGAGCAUGUCCGCUGUUUCCCACCACCUAUUCACCAGUCACUGGCAACCACUAUUUAAACAUAGCAGCUGGGAUUUCCAAAACCUAUUCACCAGUCACUGGCAACCACUAUUUUUUAAACAUAGCAACUGGGAUUUCCCACCACCUAUUUACCAACCACUAAGUAAAUGUAGCAACAGUGAUUUGGAAAUACAGAAUAAAAUACCCACAGCAUUAUUAUUUUUUUUAAAACCCACCUAGUAAACAUUUGGUGCAUUAGCUGAAAAGCUGAAUUUAUGUUUUAGCCAACAUAUACUGUUUUUUACUGAUACUUUUUAUGACAUUGAUUCAAAGCAGUGUGCAGGGUCACAUUCUUGGAAAGGCAGAAUGUUUAUUACAUGAAAUGAUUCUAAGGACACAAAGACAAAAAUCAUGUACAGCAUUCUAAGAACAUAAAGACAUCGAAAGAAGCACUUGUCCUGAUGAGUGAAAAUCUCUUUGGACAAGCAAAAUGUACCUAAAUGGUUGUCCAGUGGACCAAUAAAAAUGUAUAAUGCUGUUUCAUUUUAAGCAGUUAAAAACAUGGUCCUUCACUAGAAUAAAACUAACAACUAAGUGAAAAUAUUCAUGGACAAGUAGAUUCUAGAUGUACUCGUCCAGUGGACAAGUGAAUGUUUUGCUUAUUUCUAUCACUGAUAUAUUUGACUAUGUGUUUAAAAACUCUGACCAGCCUUACAGUGGAUCUGGCUGUAUGGACCAACUAUGUAAAUAAUGACUGCACUGAAUAUUAGACCAUUAAUAUUACAAAUAUUACAGAUCUGACACAUUUCAAUUUUAUACAAAAAUUUUGCAUGAUGACUUUAUGGUUUUAAUUAAUUUUCUUCUAUUAUUUUUAGGUUUAGUUUUAUUAUUAUUAUUCUCAUAUAUUUUUGCAGUUACCCAUCUUUUCAUUGAGGUUAAUAACUUUUAAUAAAAUUUUCAUAAUAAAAUGUACAGUAUAUUAUUAAAUUUAACAUAUUUUAUGAGCAGGUUAUAGCAUUUUUCUUUCUAUAAUAUCUUUGUUUUAGAGCCAACAGCCAUGCUGUUGUCAGUAGAAAUUCCUUCAUUUUCUUCUCUUUUAAUCGUGACAAGUAACACCGUAAACAAAAUAUUAGCAGUCUCAUUCAAGUUAUCACUUUAUGUUAUUGGUAAUGUGUACAAUUAAAUAUGACCAAUAAUUGGCAAUUCAACAAUUAUCUGGUAAUAUGGUACUUCAGAUCAGAUGUUAACUAAAGCAAGAACAUAAGAAACUUUAAUUUAGGGCCGAAUUUACAAAUACUUUUUUUCUGUUACACAUGUGUAACCUUCAUACAUUUACAAUGCUUAAAUACUGGUAUUUAAGAAAAUCAGCCUUCAUAAAUUCAGCCCUUAUUGUAUCCGAUUCUGUAAAGCAAAAUAAGUGCAAUAUUUAUUAAAUAAUAAUUUUCACAUGUACCGAUAAUAUAUUAAGUUUUGUAAUUAGUGUUACCUUUAUGUAUAAUCUAUAUAUCGGCUGUUAGCUUAUUGACUUUUAGGACAAAGUUAUUAGAUGUCCAUCCAUAAAUAAUUUUACAAUCAAAACCAAAUUAGUAUUUUUGUGACUGCCUUGUAAUUGCCUCAUUGUAUUUCAAGUAGCACCUGUGUGCUGAAACUGAAUAAAGUAGCAGUUACUAUGAUUUGUCACUUUUAGUGUACAUCAGUGGUGUUUGUGUAAAAUAAAAUAUUUUAUUGGAUGUGCAGUAUGUAAAAAAAUGCUUCAUGAUAAAUGUGACUUUGUGUGUACUUGCUGCAAUCAAAGCUUUAUAUGUUAUGUGAAGUUUGUCAUCAAAACAUUCUAGCUUUAUUGAUUUUUAGGACAAUAAACCCAACUGAUUCUUCAGUAAAGACUAGUUUAGGGACAUUCUCUAGGUGGGGUGGCGGUUUUUUUGGUCUUAGUAUGUGUAUAUAGAUAUCAAAUACAAGCUCAUCUAAAUGGAAGUGUAUCUGAAGUGCCCUCAAUUGGCAUAUUGUUACAAUAUAUCCAUUAUAGGUGGUAUGACUAGUGCACAUAAAAUUAAUUUUAAAAUUCCUCAAUGCUAAUGGAAAAAUCUAGCAGGUUUGAUGCCCAGUACUUGAUUACUUAAUGUGUGUGCUCUAGUUGGGUUAACUUAAAGAUUUUUUUUUUAAAUUGGAAAAUAAUGUAAUUUGGUUUAUGCAGAAUGUGGGAUUGACACAUGAUGGAGUAAAGUAAGAAAUGAUGUGUAUCAAUUAUGGUUUUAUCUGUAAGGAAAGGUCACAAUCAAGUAAGCUUAACAAGUUGAGAAGAAGCUUUUUCUUAUAAGAUUUAAUCUUCAGUGCAUGUUUUAUAAAUUUUCACAUUUUAUCAACUACUGUAAUCAUUUCAAAUAAAAACUUGUAUAUUAAAAAAAA